UAGCUGCGUUCAUUACACAUUUUUUUCAUUUUUCGAUUACGACGUUUCUAUUUUUCCAUCCACGCUGCAUUUUAAAUUUUCGAAUUGACCAAAUAUUAUCAUCUCAUUUCGAUUAAUACCAUGAGUUCAAAUCGUAAUUACCGUAGCAAUGGUGGUGGUGGUGGUGGCGGCGGUGGGGGUUACCGACAACAUAGCUCAAAGGUCACUGUACAAAUGACCCAAGAACGUGCUCAUGUUAACAAUGAUGGCAGCCGUUGUUAUCAACGAGAUACUAUUCAAGCAAGCGCACGCUUGCCCGUAAAUCAGGCUCGCCAAAUUGUAUCAAAUACCGGAAAUAACAAUGGUGGUGGUGGUGGUCGUUACAUUCAAGAUUCGGGUUCACGUCGUUAAUAAGCCAUUUCGGGCUUUUCAAACAUAAAUUGUUACUAUCACUAAUUCUAAAAAAGU